AUGUCCUCUGCCGACAAAGUAAAAAUUUCUAGAAUUUUGAAUAAACUCAUCUUUUUAUCAAUGGUGAUAUGCUGGAACAUUAAGAAGCAGAUGUGUGCUCACUGCCACAAUGAACUUUUCAUUGAAGCAAACAAGACGGGACGCGUAGUCAGUUCUGGUGCAAUUCAUGAAUUCGACGCUCCCGUUGUCGUUGGGAAAGCAGGACUGAAUCAUAUUCUAAGGUGUGUGUUGCGUUUUGACUUAAAAAGGCUGUGCAAUGUAGAUUUUUGCAAACAAAAUUUAUCACUAAAUGUAUUUUGUUUUUGCAUACUAAAAUCGAUUUCUAAUUCCUUAUUGUCAGUAAAAAGGAAAAUGCGUAACGCCCAUUUUGCAGAGCAUUGCUAUGGACAAAAAAGUAUUUUUAAAGUGGGUUUACUGAAAAAUACCAAGAACAAGAUAAUAAGGACAGCUAUAGGCAAUACUUUGCUACGAUGCAAGAAGGUGGGGAAUUUUAAAGAAGUUGUCUCUGGUUUCGCACAAGCUGCAUCAACACGUGCAAAUGGAAUAAGAGGCUCUACAAACAAUGGAUUAAACAGCCUGCUCCCAUUGGAUUGUACCAGGCUGCAGAAACAGGAAUUUAACAACCAUACACUAACUCCAGAAACAAGGGGAGUAUAUUGGAUCAAGACUCUGCAAAUGCUCACAAUCUUUAUGAAGUGUGAAAGAAAGUCCCAUGUAGUAGCUUCAUUUGGGUAUCCAAAAUGA